CUUAUAAUGGAUGAAGACUGGAACACCAAAUCCCUCGAAUCAGCACAAAGUCCUAAGCUAUCAAAAAGAGGGAGUAAACAUGCUCCUAGUGUCUAUGAUGGUGACAUCCCUUCAGUAUCUGAACAAGUUGACUUUGGAGAAGAUCAUUUAAAAGUCAUAAUGAGUUAUAUCACUUCUCAUAAUUUAUUAAGGAAUAACCCAAAAGCUUUCCUUGUGUUUUUAGAAGAAAGGAAGAAGUACAUGAAAGGGGACUUUUAUUGAUAUAAUUCCUUAAAGAACACCUCCAAAGGAUCCAAGGUUAAUAUAAAAACAUCUGAAGGAAUUACUGCAAUAAAAGAGACAAUAGAGUUCCUUGAAGAAGUUGAAUCAAUCUCUUCAAAGCUUACUUUUGAUCAGGAGCUUUGAAAGCUAGCUCAAAGACAUGCUGAGGAUCUUGGCAAGAAUGGGCUUGUGACUCAUACUGGCUCUUAUAACCUCACCCCUACUCAAAGAGCAGAGCAAGCUGAUAUCAAUGUUGAGGUUCAUGAAAACUUAAGCUUUGGCAAAUUUGAGACCCCUAUGGAGGUAGUCCUCAAUCUCGUCAUCGAUGAUGGUGUCAAGAGUAGAACCAAUCGGAACACUCUUUUCCUCAAAGACAUCGACAAAAUCGGAAUAGGAUUUUCAAAGCACUCAGUAUAUGACUAUUGCUAUGUAAUUAACUACUGUGAAAAUUAUGAAGAAGAUGAGGAAGAAGAGGAAGAGGAGGAAGGUGAGGGGGAAGUCUCCUUGACAGAGGCUGAAGAUUUGACUAAAAAGCAAACAACCACUACAAACGUGCUCCUCAAUCUCAACGAUGAUAGUAACAGCCUUCACUUAAAACAGCAGGCUGACAGGAUUAUAAUGGAGGCUGAAAAAGAACUUGACAAAGAAGAGACUAAAAUAGUACCUUUUGAUGCAGUCACCCUAGAUGAUGAUCCUAACCAAGAACUAAAGGAUGAACUGAAAGAUCUGGAAAAACAGGGGGAAGAAAUUCUUAAAGAUAGUGACAACACUAUCGAUCAGUUUAACGCUGAUGAAUGCAUAAAUACUAUGGAAGAAGUCAAGAAUCCUUGGACUGAUGGAGAAAGAAAAGCAAAAUACAUGCUUGAUAAGGCAUGGAACCCCGAUAAAAAUAUCACAAAAUAAUAUGAACCUAGUAGCUUCCAAAAGGAUGAGAACACCUGUUAAUGAUCUUGAGGUAAAUUCCACUGAUAGUAAGAGGAUUCCUACAAAAAAUGGGCAUAUUGCUCAGACAAUUCUAUGCUGGUGAUGACGCAAGAAGAAAAAGAAGCGUGAAUCUAAAUAAUUUAUUAUUUUCAAUACUUAUACAACCGA